AUGGGCAAGGCAACCACCCCGACCGACCGCCAGUCGCGCAGACACAACCCCCUGCAGGAUGAUAUCCUUGCUACGGGUCCUUUGAAGAACAAGGCGCCCAAGAAGAAGAAGGGCAAGACUACCGACGAUGACGACGACAAUGGCGAGGGCUUUGUCGAUGCGACACGGAGUCGCACCAUUCUUCGGCUAGGCCGUGAGCUUGCCGAUGAGGAUGGAACCGCCAAACCAGAAGUUGCUGCGAAACCGACCGUCGACCUUUUCGGAAUCGAGUCGAGAUACGGUGUCGAUGUUGGCGGCGACGAACAGGCAUACGAGGACGAGGAAGCGUGGGGCGAAGAGGAUGAGAUUGUUGAAGAGGUUGAGAUCGACCCGGAGGACCUCGAGACGUACCGCAAGUUCUUGCCCGAAUCCGAGGACGAUCCUGCGGCGAUGCUGAACCAGCACGGCUGGGGUAGCAAGGGUCCCGAUGACGAGAUGGCUGGCGGCGGCACCAACCUGACGGAGCUCAUUUUGGAGAAAAUUGCCGCGCACGAGGCUGCUGAGGCUCGGAAAGCAGCCGGCGUGCCAGUAAUUGACGAAGACUAUCAGCUUCCCCCAAAGGUCAUCGAAGUAUACACAAAGAUCGGCCACAUUCUGUCGCGAUACAAAAGCGGUCCCUUGCCGAAGCCCUUCAAGAUUCUUCCGACCCUGCCGCACUGGGAGGACAUCAUCGGGAUCACCGAGCCCCAAAAAUGGACGCCCAAUGCCGUGUACCAGGCAACGAGGAUCUUCUCGUCCUCGAAGCCCCUUGUCUGCCAGAAGUUCAUGGAGAUUGUUGUUCUCGACAAGGUCCGUGAGGACAUCUACGAGAACAAGAAGCUGAACGUGCACUUGUUCAACGCGCUAAAGAAGUCCCUUUACAAGCCCCGAGCAUUCUUCCUCGGCUUCUUGUUCCCUCUGCUGUCGAGCGGCUGCACCGUUCGCGAGGCACACAUUGUCUCUGCGGUGCUUGCCAGAGUAUCGGUACCAGUCCUUCAUUCUGCCGCCGCCCUGAAGGGUAUCACCGAAAUUGCGGCCCAGGAAGCCUCGCACGGCACCGAGGGCGGUGGAGCGGCCAAUAUCUUCAUUAAAACUUUGCUGGAGAAGAAGUACGCUCUUCCCUACCAAGUCAUCGACUCGGUUGUUUUCCAUUUUCUGAGGUUCCGAAGUGUGGACCCGGCAUCGAUCAAGGAAGGCCAGUCGUUCUCCGGGGACAUGGUCAAGUCGUUGCCCGUUGUCUUCCAUCAGAGUUUGCUGGCUUUCGCCCAGAGAUACAGAAACGAUCUGAGCGAGGACCAGCGAGAGGCCCUUCUUGACUUGCUCUUGUCGCACGGCCACCACUCGAUCGCACCUGAAAUCCGGAGGGAACUGCUGGCUGGCAGAGGCAAGGGCGUGGCGGUUGAGCAGCAGGGCGCUCCGUUUGACGGCGAUGACACGAUGCUAGUUGACUGA